CAAUUCUUGUAUUACACAGAUGAGCGACUGACAGCAGAAGAGAUGGACGAACAGCGUAUUCAAAAUGUGGCGUACCAGUAUUUGUGCCGGCUGGAGGAGGCUAAGAGGUGGAUGGAGGCAUGCAUCAAAGAAGAACUUCCUGCUCCCACUGAGCUUGAGGAGGGUCUCCGGAAUGGAGUGCUACUGGCAAAGCUGGGGAACUUCUUUGCCCCAAAAGUAGUACCUCUGAAGAAAAUCUAUGACCUGGACCAGGGACGAUACAAGGCAAAUGGGCUGCAGUUCCGUCAUACAGACAACAUCAAUUUCUGGCGCAAUGCAAUGGUGGAAGUUGGAAUGCCAUCGAUCUUCCAUCCAGAGACCACAGAUAUCUAUGAUAAGAAGAACAUGCCCAGAGUUGUUUAUUGUAUUCAUGCCCUCAGCCUCUACCUUUUCCGUUUGGGUCUGGCCCCUCAAAUCCAAGACUUGUACGGCAAGGUCAAGUUUACAGAGGAGGAGAUCAACAACAUGAAACUGGAGCUGGACAAAUAUGGCCUUCAGAUGCCAGCUUUCAGCAAGAUUGGAGGAAUACUGGCCAAUGAGAUAUCCGUGGAUGAGGCUGCUGUGCACGCUGCUGUGAUUGCCAUUAAUGAGGCUGUAGAGCAUGGCCGUGUGGAGGACACUGCUCAGGCUCUGAGGAACCCCAAUGCCAUGCUGACAAACCUGCAGCAGCAGAUGAUGGCUAUAUACCAGGAGAUGCUGCGACAGGCUCGAUCAGAGAAGGCUGCUCAGGCUUAUGUCAAGAUCAAUGGUUCAGACGAAAAGGAUAUUUAUGAGGAGUAUCUCACCCAAGGUGAAAUCCAGGACAACAUAAACAGAGUUAAUGCGCGCGCAGCAGUGGAGACUGUGGAUGAGGCUCUGGAGUGCGGCGAUGCCCUAGUCCUCCUCUCCGCUCUGCAGGCCCCAUGCCUGGACCUCAGGGGACUGCUCAGGGACAACAGCCCCUGGUACCUGGAGCAGCUGGCCAGUGACCGUGAGCAGAAGGCUGUGGACAUCGGGUCUGUGGAGCCACUGGACCGUGAUGAACUGCAGGAGGGGAUCACGGUGGCUAACGAAGAGGUCCAGCGCUCACAAACAAAUCAACAGGCUAUCAACAAAAUCAACGAGGCCCUGCAAAGAGGGGAUGCCCGCCAAACGGUGCGUGCUCUGAUGAACCCUGAUGCCCAGCUGCCAGAUGUCUAUCCCUUUGCUGCUGACCUGUACCAGCGAGAGCUGGCCCCACUUCAGGAACAGUGCCCUGAGGCUGAGCUGCAGCAGGAGGAGCUGUUUGUGGCGGUAGAGAUGCUUUCGGCCGUAGCUCUCGUCAACCAAGCCUUGGAGGCUCGUGACCUGGGAGCCUUCUGUGCCUCUCUGGUCAGCUCUGCUGCUGGGCUGGCAGACAUCGAUGACAGCCUGAUCCAGAGGUACUUUGAGGAGCUGUGUGACUUGAAAAAGAAUUCAGGCAGGGCUAUGCUGACAUGGAAUGACCUGCAAGGCGGCCUCAACGUGGUCAACACUGCAGCCCAGGACGAACAUGACCAGAUCCUGGCCAUCGGCAUAAUCAACCAGGCCCUGUGCCGCAACGACCCACAGAAGCUUUUGUCUGCGCUCUUGCUGCCCUCUGGUGGCCUGGAGCAAGUGCAGCCAGUGAAUGCCCGGCGCUACCACGAUGUUUUGACCAAAGCCAAAAAGUGCAAAGCUGAGCUGAGCAGAGACCCGGCUGCCGAGUUGUGGUUGGCUGAUAUCCAGGAUGCAGUGCAGUUGGCCAAUCAGGACAACUACAAAGCUCUAAAGAUGUGCCUGGGUCUGGCUGCGGUGAACCAGGCGGUGAAGGAGGGCAAGGCGGGCCAGACGCUGAGAGUGCUGCGGCUGCCUGAGGUGGGCCUGAGGAGCGUGGUGGGGGACUGUGCCGCCGCCUACCAGACUGAGCUCACGGCGCUGCUCCGCGCCAAAACGGCAGGAGGUGAUAACCGAAGCCCUUGGAUGCGGACCAAAAUCCAAGAUGGCAGCUCCUAUUACUUCCACCUGCAGAAGCUGGAGGGCACUUGGGACAGGCCACAGGGCUUUGUGCAGAACAGCAUGUUCCUGGCCCAUGAUGAGAUGCAGGCCAUUCUGAAUAGUGUGGCUGGAGCCCACAGCAGGGAGGUGCAGUGGAAGGCCAGCAGUCACCUGGUGGUGGCGCUGCAGGCUCGAGUCAGAGGCUUCCUGGUCAGGAGGAAGCUGGCACACCGCCUCCACUUCCUCAACACCCAGCUGCCUGCCAUCAUCACCAUCCAGUCUCACUGGAAAAGGUUCCUUCAGCAGAGGGCCUAUAGACAAAGGCUGCAGUAUCUCUACCGGAGCUGGAGGGCUAUUGCCAAGAUCCAAGCCACGGUUAAAAUGUGGCUCGCCCGCAGGAAGUAUCUCGCCCGGCAGAGGUAUUUUAGGAGACAUGUUGGCGCCAUCAUAAGAAUCCAGGCCUUUUUCAGGGCCAACAGGGCUCGCGAAGAGUACAGGAUGCUGGUGCACUCCACCCACCCUUCCCUGUCUGUGGUGCGCAAAUUUGCCCACCUGCUGGAGCAGGGCGAUAACGACAUCCGCCAGGAGGGGGAGCUGCUGCGCCUGCGGGAGGACGUGGUGCGCAACAUCCGCUCCAACCAGCAGCUGGAGGCCGACCUGGACAUCAUGGACCUGAAGAUCGGCCUGCUGGUGCGCAACAGGGUCACCCUGCAGGAGGUGGUCUCUCACUGCAAGAAGCUGACCAAGAAGAACAAAGAGCAGCUGGCAGACAUGAUGGACUUGAACAAGCACAAGGGCCUGAAGUCUCUGAGCAAAGAGAACCACGACAAGCUGGAGGCCUACCAGCACCUGUUCUACCUGCUACAGACGCAGCCUCAAUACCUGGCACAGCUGAUCUUCCUCAUGCCCCAGAACAAGUCCACCAGCUUCAUGGAGACGGUCAUCUUCACCCUCUUCAACUAUGGCUCCGACUGCAGAGAGGCCUACCUCAUGCUCCAGCUCUUCACCACUGCCCUGCGCCACGAGAUCAAGUUGAAGGUGGACCAGCCUCAGGAGGUGGUCACUGGUAACCCCACCGUCAUCAAGAUGCUGGUGAGCUUCUACCGCCACGCCCGAGGCCAGAACGCUCUGCAGGAAAUCCUGGGCCCCGCCAUCAGGGAGGUGCUGCAGGACCGCACCCUCAGCAUCCGCACCGACCCCGUGGAGAUCUACAAGACCUGGAUCAACCAGACUGAGUCCCAGACCGGCCACAAGAGUCCGCUGCCCUAUGAGGUGAGUGCUGAGCAGGCUCUCAGUUACCCCGAGGUGCAGCAGCGCCUCAACAUCGCCAUCACCAACCUGAAGACCCUCACCGACCGCGUCCUCAACGCCAUCACCAGUAACCUGCACAAGCUGCCUUAUGGCCUGCGCUACACUGCCAAAGUCCUGAGGGAUACUCUGCAUGAGAAGUUUCCUCAGGCCACUGAGGAGGAUCUCUACAAGAUCGUGGGGAACCUGGUGUACUACCGCUACAUGAACCCAGCGGUGGUGGCGCCGGACGGCUUUGACGUGGUGGAGUUCUCUGCAGGCUCCGCCCUCCUGCCGGACCAGCGGCGCACACUCGGCUCCAUCGCCCGCAUCCUGCAGCAAGCCGCCGCCCUCAAGCACUUCCACGGCGACAGCUCCCACCUGCACGCCUUCAAUGACUACAUCACCCACACUCAUGCCAAAUUCAGGAAGUUCCUGAAGGCGGCAUGUGACGUACCAGGACCAGGGGAGCGCUUCGACAUUGACGAGUACUCUGAGAUGGUGAUCCUCAACAAGCCCCUCAUCUACAUCUCUAUUAGUGAGCUCCUCAACACCCACAAGCUCCUCCUAGAGCACAAAGACGCCCUGUGUCAGGACCCUGCCGACCCGCUCCUCGAGCUGCUCAGAGACCUGGGGAAGGUGCCCUCUGUUCAAGCCAUAAUUGGAGACGGGGUGGUCAACUCUGGAGACCCCAACAUGGAGCAGACCCUGGCCCAGUACACCAAGCUGGAAGUGUCCCUGACCCUCACCAGUAAAUUUGAUGUCUUCAAAAGCACAGAUAACCUCCCCGAUGCCAAAGGAAUUCUCCUCAGCACCAAGCAGCUGAUCAUCGAUGUGAUCCGAACCCAGCCUGGAGACACACUGAGUGAGGUGUUGAAGGCUUCAGUCUCCACAGACCAGGAGGCGCAGCACGGCUGGAUGAUGCACCGCCGGGCCCAGAGGGACGCCGUCACCCCUGAGAAGAUGAAGCGCAACCAGUCCCUCAUCGCCGACGGCAACCUGUCCCUUGAGGAGAAGAAGAGGAAGAUCCAGCGCAGCCUGCGGAGGCUGGAGGCUCUUGGGGUGCUGACGGCCCCCGACUCGGAGAACCAGAUCCUGCAGCUCCUCGCUAAGGAUAUUCGGCACCAGCGCCUGUACCGGCAGCGCCGACAGGCAGAGCUGGUGAAGCUGAAGCAGACCCUCCACAGCCUGCACGGCAAGAGCUCCUUCCACAGCGAGCAGGUGGACUACUACAGCCAGUACAUCACCACCUGCCUGCAAAACCUCACCGCCAAGAAUGGUAAGGCGAGUGGGAAAAAGGCUGCAGACAACAAGGGGAAGAAGAGCAAGCAGCCAGCCCUCACCUACACUGCAGCCCGCUUGCAUGAGAAGGGAGUGCUGCUGGAGAUCGAGGACCUGCCCAUCACCCAGUUCAAGAACGUGAUCUUUGACAUUGUUCCUGGCGAGGAGGGCGGCACGUUCCUGGUGAAGGCACGCUUCAUGGGGGUGGACAUGGAACGCUUCCCUCUGAAAUAUCAGGACCUGCUCCAGCUCCAGUAUGAGGGUGUUGCUGUGAUGAAGAUGUUUGACAAGGCCAAAGUCAAUGUCAAUCUGCUCAUCUUUCUACUGAACAAAAAGUUCUUUAAGAAGUGAGCCCAGAUUCUUUCACCAUGAUUGGGUGGUGUCACCAUCGCAAAAACACUACCGCACUUCACUACUGCAUAACCAGCACAAUGUAUUUAGAUAUCCGUACCAUAUGACACUCUACCUAUGAUUAUAUAUCACAGAGGCAUUCACUUAAUAAGGGAGCAUAUUUCUUAUAUAUUUCAUAUCUAUUUUAGUAUUGUAGUAUUGUUGCUUCAGUGGCUUGUAUUAAAGUGCACUUUCUUGUCCAACCUUGGACAGGUACGUGCACUGUCUGAACACUUUCUCUGAAAUCAAACCGCUGUUGCAUACCUAUCAAGUUGUCAGGGUUGAAAUGAUUUAAGCCUUGCCAACAGGAAUAUUUAUAUAAUAUUGUUUUGUAUUUUUGUAUGCCUUGAUGACUCCUGAGAAGUGAUUACUUCUAUAUGAGAAAUAGUUUUACCGAGUUGAUUUUUACGCUUUGAAAGGGAAAUCAAUAGUUUUGUACUACCCACUUGUUUUGUUUAAAUUACAUUAACGUUAGUUCACCCUGUCUUUUAUUUAUUAUUAUUUCAUUGAGCGUUGUAUUGAUGAUGCUUGCACUGAUGCUUUCAGUGUGAUUGCGUCGUCAUUCACUGUGCCUCCAUUUUAAACCUCUGACCAGCACCUCAUGCAUUAUUUAUGGCACA